CUCCCUUCUGAUACGCGACAGGUCGCGUGUACGGCGGCAACCUAAUCUUCACUUCUUUCUCAUUGAGCAGCGACCACGAUGCGCACUCGAUCCAAGCAGAAUCGAUCAUGAACGCUCAGAACUUCUACGUACAGUUCUGCCGCCGAACAGCACGCCGCUACCCCUUCCUCCGCCGCUUCUCCGUCACCACGAUCGGACUGAUUCUCGUCUGGACGAUUGCAAUCUACACCGGCGAGCGCUCGACAUUCGCAUCACACAUCACAUCCUGCGCCUGGGAGAGUUGGGAAGAAUGGCCUCAGGACGCGGCUCCGCACCGCCUGGUCUUCGUGUCCGAUCCUCAGCUUGUUGAUCCGCAUACAUACCCAGGUCGACCAUGGCCGCUGUCCAGCCUGACCGAGUUCUUCACCGACAAAUACAUGGCCAGGAACUUCCGUCUUAUCAACCGCGAGCUCGACCCGGACUCGAUUGUAUUCCUGGGAGAUCUGUUCGACGGUGGAAGAGAGUGGAGAACCAGCCAAUUCAUCUCAGGUGAGCAGGGUCGGUGGAAAGAGUAUGGCACAUCGCAGUGGACGUUGGAGUACAAUCGAUUUGGCAAGAUCUUCUUCGCUCCGGAACAACUUUAUCCUCGUGCCGAUCGAGCGAUCACAGCAGCUCGUGACCGCAAGAUCAAGACGAAUUUGCCAGGAAAUCACGACCUUGGAUUUGGUACUCGAGUUCAAAUACCCGUGCGGGACCGAUUUGAAGCCCACUAUGGCGACACCAACACGGUGUAUGUCAUUGCGAACCACACAUUCAUCAGUCUGGAUACACCGUCUCUCUCCGCUGCAGAUGAGAUGACAGAUCCGGAACACAAGCAGCAAGCGCGGCUGGAGCAUGUCUGGCAGCCGGCGAAUGACUUCUUGAACAAGCUUGACGCUGCCGGUCCCAAGGUCGUGGCGGAAGCGCUGAAUGAGUACUUCCCGACCGCACGCCCUUCGCAAGGGUUCAGUCAUGAGGUUUUUGAUCCGAAAGAGGCGUCGCGUCGACCGACCGCUGACAAGCACACUGCGGAACCACGACUACCGCUCGUACUGCUCACGCAUGUGCCGCUCUUCCGGCCAGAUGGAGAUCACUGCGGUUCUCAAAGAGAGCGCGGAAGGGCGAUACCCAUCAGUCAUGGCUAUCAGUACCAGAACGUCCUCACUCCGGGACUGAGCAGUACUAUUGCGAGGAAGAUCUCCGAGACGGGAGACCUUGUCCACGUCUUCUCUGGAGACGACCACGACUAUUGUGAUUUGGUACAUCGCUUCAAUGUCAAGCCUUGGAUUGAUGGCAAGAUACAAGACAAGCCAGUCAUGAAGGCCAUUCGCGAGAUUACAGUCAAGAGCUUUAGCUGGGCCAUGGGCGUGCGAAGACCCGGCUUUCAACUUGUCAGCAUGUGGAACCCGGUCGAUGCUCAAGGUAUCUCGAUUGGAGGCACGCCGACGACAAUUCAGACACAUCUCUGUCUGCUGCCGGAUCAGCUGAGCAUAUUCAUCAAUUAUGGCCUGCUGCUCGGCGUGACGCUCGUGGUGCUGAUUGUGCGCGGCGUCGUGCUGUCAUUGCGCAAGCCCGAUGCA